CGCCCCGCCAGCCCUGCCCGGGCACCCAGGGCUGCUGAUCCCGGCACCCGCGCGGCGUCAGGACUCCUCGGGUUCUUCAAGCUCCUACUACACGGCUCCAGAUUCCCCAGAGACCAUAGACGUUGGGCCGGACGCAGAAGGCCGGGCGAAUUGGCCCCGGGUGGCCCCUGCGCUGGGGGCGGGCGCACAGCCUCGCCUGUCCGUCAGCGCCCAGAAUAGCCGCCAGCAGCUCCCGCCCGGCUCGGGUUUCCAGCGAGGCCGGGGCUCGGACCCGCGGCCACCCCCGCCCCAGCUGCGCACGCUGCCGUCGGGGGAGAUGGAAGUCAUCUUCAGCGCUGGACCCCUGUUCAGCCGCUCCGACGCGGCGGAUAGCGAGGUGCAGCAGAUCACCGAGCAGGCCUUCGGCAGCCUCUCUCCGCCGAGUCCCGCGUCACCAGCCCCCGCUACACCGCAGCCCCAGGCCCCUGACGGUGGUUCCCGCUGGGCCACCUAUCUGGAGCUUCGGCCCCGCGGACCGAGUCCUGCCACUCCAGCACAGUUUGAGUGUGUGGAGGUGGCACUAGAGGAGAGCGCUGCGCCCGCCAAGUCCCGCACAGUGCCCAAGCGUCAGAUCGAGCUGCGCCCUCGACACCGGAGUCCUCCACGGGAGACGAGCGCGCCGAACCCUCCACUGCUCCUGCGUACGGGUUCCCUGGACGAGUCGCUGGGCCGCCUGCAGGCUGCCGCGAACCUCGUGCAGACAGCUCUGGCCAGAAAACUGAGCCCUGUGGCCCCUGCCCGCAGCAGCGCCACCUUCGGGCCCACCCGGCGACCAGAACCUACGCCCCGGGAAACGACCGGCAGUACUCGAGUGGUCCUGGAGCAGACCAGAUCUCGGCCCCCACGGACAGAGGGCACUUCAGCCCCUGGCAGGGCCCCACGGCCGUGGCCCAGCCUCCGGGAGCGUGCGAUUCGGCGAGACAAACCCGCACCUGGAACUGAGCCCCUCGGCCCGGUUAGUUCCAGCAUCUUCCUGCAGUCAGGGGAGAAGACCCACGAGGCACACGACCAGGAACCUAAGGUUCGCUUCCCGCGAGAGACUCUGGAUCCACCGGUUCCGAGGACACAGAGUCCGGCUUUUGAGUCUGGGGCUUCCUGGGACGUUCUGAAUAAGGCCAGGAGCCAGUCCCCACCGUGGCAGGCUCCAAAUGGGAUCGUGCAAGGUCCUCAUUGCCCGUCCCCCCAGAACCUCCCCCUGCGGAAUCGCGCUAGUCCGAGGGCCAGUAGCCCAUCCUUUCCUGAGGCAUCCUCUGAAUGGAAAAAUCAGGGUGCCGUGGAGGAAACUAUCAGCAGGAGGAGCCCCUCCCCUCUGAUCCUUUCCCAAUGGGAUCAGAGUACUGCCAGGGCAAGAAACCCAUCUCCGGAAGACCCUUCCCAGUGGGAGCCUCGGCAUCUGCCAGAGGAGAAUACGGAGGGAAGUAGGAGCCGGUCCCCACUGGUCUUGGCAUCAUGGGAGGUUCCAGAUCAUCCUGUUGGGACUUGGAACCCAUCACCCCAAGAGAUGUGGGAUCCCACGGUGCAGGAUUCAUCGAUACUAUCUAACCAGGAUGUUCUGAAUGGCACAGCCCAAGAAGGCCUGUCGCCUGACACCCCAGAGCCUGCAGAGGCGCUGAGUCCAUCCACGUGGGAGAGGCCAGAUCUUGCCCUUGAAAGCAAUCAGCUGUUGCCAGGGGUGGCUGCACCAGAGCUACCCCCGAGUCGCCUCCUGGGCCCCCUGGAUGCCGACACUUGCCGGGAAGACUUGGGCCCUGGAGAAGUGGCCUCGGGUCGCCGGCGCGUGGCCAUUCCGCGGCCUCGCGACGUGCGCAAGAUGGUGAAGACCACUUACGCGCCCAGCUUCCUGGCGGGAAGCUCAGGCUCAGCGAAGCCUUUGCCUCCUGCAGACCCCAACGGGGAGAAAGGCGGCGCAUCCAGGAAGCCAGCGCUGGGGGUCCCCGCCCCCGCUCACUACACUUCCAUUUUUCUCAAGGACUUUCUGCCGGUCGUGUCGCACCCUUAUGAGCCCCCAGAGACAUGUCCCGACGCGGUCCCCAGGGACGCUUUGCAGCCCAACGGGGUCCUGCGGCGGAGAGCAGAGAACAGCACGGCAAAACCCUUCGCGCGCACUGAGAUCCGUCUGCCUGGUGCCCUGGCCUUGGCCCACCGACCCGAGGGAACCCGGGGAGUUCUGGUGCACGAUCCUGAUGGGGAAAACCUGGAUGCCGAGGCCAGGUGCCCACUCCCGGAGGGCGAGAGUCGAACCAGCCCUCAAGGCGGCGCUCGCACCUCACCCCAGAGGUCGUCCAUAGGGUCAGCAGGGACCUCCACGAGGGACCCCCCGAUGUCCGGGCCCACGGGGCCCAAGUUUGACAUGUUGUACAAGAUUGAGGAUGUGCCGCCCUGGUACCUGUGCAUCCUGCUCGGCUUCCAGCAUUACCUGACGUGCUUCAGUGGCACCAUCGCUGUGCCCUUCCUCCUGGCUGAGGCGCUGUGUGUGGGUCGAGACCAGCACAUGGUCAGCCAGCUCAUUGGCACCAUCUUCACCUGCGUGGGCAUCACCACCCUCAUCCAGACCACCCUGGGCAUCCGGCUGCCGCUGUUCCAGGCCAGUGCCUUUGCAUUUCUGGUCCCAGCCAAAGCCAUCCUGGCCCUAGAGAAAUGGAAGUGUCCCCCAGAAGAGGAGAUCUACGGUAACUGGACCCUGCCCCUGAACACUUCUCAUAUCUGGCACCCACGGAUGAGAGAGGUCCAGGGUGCAAUCAUAGUGUCCAGCAUGGUAGAGGUGGUGAUUGGACUGGUGGGGCUGCCUGGAGCCCUGCUCAGCUAUAUCGGGCCUCUCACAGUCACCCCCACGGUCUCCCUCAUUGGCCUCUCUGUCUUCCAAGCUGCUGGUGACCGAGCUGGCUCCCACUGGGGAAUCUCAGCUUGCUCCAUUCUCCUGAUCAUCCUCUUCUCCCAGUACCUCCGCAACUUCACCUUCCUGCUGCCUGUCUACCGCUGGGGCAAGGGCUUCACUUUCUUCCGCAUCCAGAUCUUCAAGAUGUUUCCUAUUGUGCUGGCUAUCAUGACUAUGUGGUUGCUCUGCUACAUCCUGACCCUCACAGACGUGCUGCCUGCAGAUCCCACGGCCUAUGGCUUCCAGGCACGAACAGAUGCCCGAGGGGACAUCAUGGCGAUAUCACCCUGGAUCCGCUUCCCCUACCCCUGUCAGUGGGGCCUGCCCACAGUGACUGCUGCUGCUGUUCUGGGAAUGUUCAGUGCUACAUUAGCGGGCAUCAUCGAGUCCAUUGGAGAUUACUACGCUUGUGCCCGCCUGGCUGGGGCACCUCCCCCUCCAGUACAUGCUAUCAACAGGGGUAUCUUUACUGAAGGCAUCUGCUGCAUUAUCGCCGGGCUGUUGGGCACAGGCAACGGGUCCACCUCAUCCAGCCCUAACAUUGGAGUCCUGGGGAUUACCAAGGUGGGCAGCCGGCGUGUGGUGCAGUACGGUGCUGGCAUCAUGCUGAUCCUGGGCACCAUUGGCAAGUUCACCGCCCUCUUCGCCUCGCUGCCUGACCCCAUCUUGGGGGGCAUGUUCUGUACUCUGUUCGGCAUGAUUACGGCUGUGGGACUGUCCAACCUGCAGUUCGUGGACAUGAACUCCUCCCGCAACCUCUUUGUGCUCGGAUUUUCCAUGUUUUUUGGGCUCACGCUCCCCAAUUACCUGGAGUCCAACCGCGGAGCUAUCAACACAGGCAUUCCUGAAGUGGACCAGAUUCUAACUGUGCUGCUGACCACGGAGAUGUUCGUGGGUGGAUGCCUGGCUUUCAUAUUGGACAACACAGUGCCUGGGAGCCCAGAGGAACGAGGGCUGAUACAAUGGAAAGCUGGAGCUCAUGCCAACAGUGAGACCUCUGCCAGCCUCAAGAGCUACGAUUUCCCCGUUGGGAUGAAUAGGAUAAAGAGGAUUGCUUUUCUGAAAUACAUUCCUAUCUGCCCAGUCUUCAAAGGAUUUUCUUCAAAGUCAAAAGACCAACUUCCAGUUCCAGAAGACACUUCAGAAAAUAUAGAAAGUGGGCCUGUGUCAACCAAGGUCUGAAGUAUUACUCCCAGGAAAGGUAGGACAUAUGUUAGUCUAUGGUUUUUGUGGGAGGACUGAAAAACCACACAACUCUUACCCUUUAAGAAACUACUCAGUUUCCACUCUUGUGGCCUGAGUGUCACUCAGGGAAAGGUAGACUGAAUCAAAAGUCAAUAUAUGGAUUUUGGGUGGAACUCCUUAGCCAUUUUUUGGUGACAAUGGAACUUCUCGAAAGUGUGGGUCACUAGAAGGAUACAAAUAGUCUAAAAUAUUGAUGUUUUCAGUCUUCUGGGUAUUGGGGCAGAAAUGGAUCAACCAGAGCCCAUGAGCCACAGCCAACCUCAUCCCUGCACUCCAGUAUACUGUUACCACCUGAUGGAAAAUGU